AUGUCGGUUCAUGAUGGAGGCGAGGAAUCUACAUCCUCACCAAACUCUCGCCAUUCGAUUGGUUCGACAACAUCCUCAGUGUCACUUGAGACACUGGAGCGUUCAGAAUAUGCACCUCUUAGUCGGCGAUCAUCACACCGUAGCCGCAGAAGUACCAUCAGUAGCAUUGCGGCUUUCCAGUAUGAAGCAGAUUUGUUGCCCCUCAGUACCAGCGAGCCUGGUCAACAAAGUGUACCGGAGUCGGAAAAGACCGUGGGGUAUCUGUCUGGCGUGGCUCUUAUUAUCAGUCUACAAAUUGGCUCAGGCAUAUUCUCGUCCCCUGGAGUUGUUUUAGCCGACGUUAAGUCAGUAGGGGCUUCUAUUCUGGUCUGGAUUAUCGGGGGACUGCUCGCGUGGACAGGUGCCAGCUCUUACGCGGAACUAGGCUCGAUGAUUCCAUUGAGUGGGGGCGCUCAAGCAUACCUGAACUAUUCGUAUGGUCCUUUGGUGUCAUACCUAUUUUCCUGGACCAGUAUCACUCUGGUCAGGCCUAGUUCUGGAGCUAUGAUAUGCCUUAUUUUUGGAGAGUACCUAUGCAGAUUAAUGUUUCACGCUACAGGUUCAGACACCCGUCCAGACGCCAUACCCGAUUGGGCCAUUAAAGUGACCGCUGCGGUGUCUGUCGUCGUUAUUACAGGGAUCUGCGCGAUGUCUGCUAGAACUGGAACACGCGCAGCCGUAUUCUUUAUGGUGUCCAAAUUGGUCGCAUUGGCUGCUAUCACUCUGACGGGACUCAUAUACUUCGUUCGCGGCCAUCGAUCGACGGCGCUCACAGAGCCGAUAUUUGCCGGUACAUCUUCUAAUCCUUCCUCUUUUGCGCUUGCACUAUAUUCCUCUUUAUGGGCUUUUGACGGUUGGGACCAAGUCAACUUUGUUGCUGGGGAAAUGACGGAUGUGGGACGCGAUCUGCCUCGAGCAAUCCACACAAGCAUGGCAUUGGUGAUUUGCCUCUUUGUCGCCACUAACCUCGCGUACUUCGUCUUGCUAGAUAAGAUGACUGUGAUGUUGAGUAAUACCGUUGCCAUUGAUUUUGGACGAGCGGUCUUUGGAACUGUGGGGGCCACCGUCCUUGCCGCCAAUGUAGCGUUCAGCUGCUUUGGUGCCGUGAACAGCUCGACUUUCACCUCCGCACGACUAAUCUAUACUGCUUCUCGGGAUGGAUAUCUUCCAGCCAUAUUUGGGCGCUUGCACUCGACACGAAAGACUCCGCUGAAUGCGAUUGCCUUACACUCUACUCUCAUCAUUUCAUUUAUAGCUUUCGGUGGUGGGUUUAGAGACAUCAUCAAUUUUUACUCAGUUGCUGUAUGGGGAUUCUACCUUUUGACUGUCGUGGGCCUCGUGGUGCUUCGUGUGAAAGAGCCAAAUCUCGAAAGGCCGUACAAAGUCUGGAUCACCACACCGUUAGGGUUCUCAGCGGUAGCGCUCUUUCUACUAUGCAUGCCAGUCUUCGCUGCUCCGCUCCAAGCUCUGGCUGCACUUGCUUUCAUUCUGGCCGGAAUACCGGUUUACUACAUCACACAACGCCGAGCGACGCCCCAUCUUGGCGCUGUACCCCGACGAUCUCGGACUAACGAGCCACUCAGUGGAAUAUCAGGCUUCUUCUCACGGGUGCUGGACCGGGUUCGUGGGCGACGGCACACCAGAUUUUCCAGUUUAGAGCGGGAAGAAGAGACAGUUGAGAUACUAGAAGCAACGGAUCACUGA